AUGGGCUGGAAGGAUAUAUAUGCAGUGGGGAGCAGCAGCAGCAGCAGGAGGGCACAGGGAAGCUGUGCAGAGCUCACCUCUCCUGCCUGGAGCUCCAUUGCCUUCAGCCCAUCCUCUGCCAGACUCAGCAGCAAAAUGCAGCGGCUGCAUCUUCUCUGUCUCAGUCUGCUGUUGCUGGGACGUAUCCUGGACGUGCACAGUGGGAACAACGUCCUCGACUGCUGCCUGCGGACAAGAGAGACGCCCAUCCCACCAAGGAUCGUGCAGGAUUACUGGCUCCAGCUGGUGCAGGAUGGCUGCAACAUCCCUGCUGCUGUAUUCAUCACCAUGAAGGGCAAGAGCCUCUGUGCACCCCUCCAUUCCCCGUGGGUGAUUCGUCUCCAAGAGAGGCUGGAUGCCAGGAGGGUAAGAACCACCCCUGUUCCCAGCCAGGUGUGAGAUCAGCCCAGGGGGUGGGUUUAUCCACUCCCAGACAGGCUUUUCCCAUUAUAUUGGGAUGCUGGGAAGAGCAGGGGCAUGCUCUACCAAGACAUGGAUAAUUUGUCUUGGUGUCCAUCCUUCCUGCCUCCACCUGGGACCUCCUUGGUAGUCUUUUUCCACUUCAAAUAAAUGCAGCCUGGGGACUUUUGUCUACCCAGUGUCACUCUUGUCUGAGCUUGGUGUGUGCCACAGCAAAUGGCACUGGGAGCAAAAUCCCUCACCACUUCUGCCCUACAAACUUGGAGUCUGCUGCUUGUGCAUCUCCAUGGAGAGGGCUUGUGAUGAGUUUGAUGGGUGCUUUACAAACCCUGACAGGUCCAUCACUACCAUGGCUUGUC